AUGACAGCAUUGUGUGAUCCUAUGAAUAUUAUUACAGCAACACAUGACAGCAACAGCUCGAUUUUUGUAAAUCAGACGAUUUUAGACCGCAGUACCGCCAACAAGUUGCUGCAUACGCUGAGAAUUCACGAUGAUUCUUUCAAAGCUCUGGCGAGUCAGUGCAGCGCCCAAGAGCUGGUGAAGGUCCUGAACGACCUCUUCGCCCGUUUCGACAGGCUCUCGGCAGAGAAUCACUGUCUGCGCAUAAAGCUCCUCGGCGAUUGUUACUACUGCAUCUCUGGCCUGCCGAUCGCCAGGAGCGAUCAUGCCCACUGCUGCGUCGAGAUGGGCCUGCAUAUGAUAAAGGCCAUACGAGACGUUAGAUUCACCACAAAGGUGGAUUUAAACAUGAGGAUAGGAAUCCACAGCGGAUCAGUACUAUGCGGAGUCUUGGGCCUGCGAAAAUGGCAGUUCGACGUGUGGUCGUACGACGUGACACUUGCUAAUCAUCUUGAAAGCGGAGGAAUACCGGGAAGAGUACAUAUUUCCGCUGACACGCUUAAAUGCCUGAACGACGUUUACGAGGUGGAACCCGGCUACGGUUGCGAGCGGGACAAUUAUCUAAAGGACAGAAACGUGGUAACGUAUCUCAUCAAGCAACUGGAGCCCCUCAAGUCCAGACGAAGACACUCGUCGAAGCCGAGAGUCUGGACGGAGGAAGAGCUAGUCACGAAUAAGAACAAGAAGAGCUUCAAAGUGAACAAUCCACAUGUCGUGAACAGCAACGCGCAACCCCCGAGUUCUAUGGAUGACGAUAUCGGGAUUGACUGGACGCCUGAAAUCCCGUUCGAAAAUCUGAAUACAGCUACGUCGGUGAGUAACUUGGAAUCCGAGUAUUUGGAAGAGGAGAACGGUCAACCAGCCAAACCGAUUACCAAAGCGACCUCGACGACAGCCGUCGAGAAGAAGGGCGCUAUCGAAACCGCCAGCAACAAACGUAUGAGAUCGGCGAAUAUAAACACAUGGACUUUGCGCUAUAACGACGAGAGUCUAGAAUCCAAGUUUGACCAGUUGCGAGAAGACAUGUUCAAGUCCAAUAUGAUAUGCUGCUUUGUUAUAUGGCUCUUCAUUGCCGUCUGCCAGGCCAUAAUCUUGUCUGAUUGCAUGAUUCUCCUGAUCUCGUUGCUGGUGACUACGGUGAUCUUGGUGGCAUCAUCGAUCCUGGUGAUGGCAGAGGAGUUCAAAGGUAUGCCGACGUAUUUGCAGCACACAUCAUCCAUGCUGGUGCACAACAAGAAGCAUCGCACCAUCUUCAUUUGCGGCGUCAUCAGCCUGAUGACGUUGACGUCCAUCAUUGGCGUGUUGACCUGUCCCAUCACGGUACGCCCUUACCAGGAAGUGAUGGUGCUAGAACAACAGCAGGUACCGACGACAAUCGCGGCGGCACCGCUUCCGAUGCAGGAAAAGUUGACAGCAACGACCGCAAGGUCGAGCCUGGACCACUUUGUCCUUACAUUCCUAGAAGCUGCCCUGAGCGACGAAUCCACCGAGGAAGGAAAGACUGUCGCUUCAACAGAGAAUAAUACUUUGGAAACGGGCUCCAGCAAUAUCGAGCUGAAGUUGACACGUGUGGUGAACGACAGAGCACCCGGAAGAAGCAGGAGAGAGUUUUUCAGAUUCUACAGGUACGAGCAACAUUAUGGCGGGAAGUUGGAAGCCGGUAGCCGACAUUACAAACGAGUUGCGCGCAAACGCGAUGUCGAAGGAGGUUCCCAAAGAAAGAUCCUCUCCAUUGCCGAGGAGAAUCAAGUCCGCUCAAAACGAUUAAUUAGAAGUCCCGAUGAGCUUGAGGAGGUCGGCUGCAUUCGACCAGAGUACAUGGUGUUCACGUGGAUUCUGUGCCUGAUUGCGCUCGCUUCAGCCCUAAAGCUAUACUACCUGGUGAAGACUGCGCUGGCCGCGGCGAUUGUCCUGGUGUAUGCGAUGCUGAUCCUCGUUGUGUGCAAGGAUAUGUUCACCGAGAGAGAAAGAAACGCAUCAGCGAUAUCUCUACCGGCGCAAAUGUUGACUUUCCUAAUGGUCUUCCUCGUGAUGGUGACGUAUCACGGUAGAUUGGUAGAGGUAACGUCGCGUCUGGACUUCCUGUGGAAGCAGCAGGCCGAGAGAGAGUUGAGCGACAUGAUCGAGUCGCGGCAUAACAAUAUGCAGCUCCUGAAAAACAUCCUACCGGACCAUGUGGCGCAUCAUUUCCUUACAGUAGAUCGCGCGCCGGAAGAACUCUACUCGCAAUCGCGGGACAAGGUCGGCGUGAUGUUCGCCAGCGUGCCGAAUUUCACGGAAUUUUAUUCGGAGGACGUGAACAAGGGAAUGGAGUGCAUUCGCCUACUUAACGAGAUCAUCGCUGAUUUCGACGAGCUGCUGGACGAGACACCAUUUCAAUGCAUCGAGAAGAUAAAGACGGUCGGCGCUACUUACAUGGCAGCCUCAGGCCUGAAUCCCAGCCAAACCGAUAACAGCGGCGACGAUAUGGAGCACUUGUGCAGGCUGGUAGACUACGCGGUGGCCAUGCGCCAUCGUCUCGAGGACGUGAACGUUCACUCAUUCAACAAUUUUGACCUGCGAGUGGGCAUCAGCUGUGGGCCCCUCGUAGGCGGGGUGAUCGGAGCCCGAAAGCCGGUCUUCGACAUAUGGGGCAACACCGUGAACGAGGCUUCCAGAAUGGACUCCACCGGUGUGAUGGGCAAGAUACAAGUCCCGCAUGACAUCGCCAGGUUUCUGGAAUCGAGGGGUUAUCAGACUCAGAAACGCGGGCUAAUCGAGGUGAAGGGGAAAGGCACGAUGGAAACGUACUUCGUGUUGGGCAAAGCCACCCUACAACAAGAGGGUACUCCUAGGCACAGAAGCACCUGCCGCAGCCUUGCCGCGGUGGUCUACGGUGUGGUCCAAGCGCGCCGCAAGCAAAUCAGAAAACAGGCGAUGCGAAGAACAUAAAUGGAGAAUCUCUGAGAAUAGUUCUCAGUGCAUAGCUUUGCAGAUACUGCCAGAUUGGUGCGGAAAAUCUCACCGUUGAUCUAAUAGUUGGAAAACAAAUUGCGCAGCUUUACAUUUCUAAUAGUCCAUGAUGUAUAUAGAUUUCAUCUGGAAGAAAUUGUUGCAAUUCUUUAAGAAAGAUAAUAAAACAUACAGUAUACCGAUAGUAAAACAACAUCGAUAUUAAUAGAAAAAAAUGAUAAAUCUUUGCACCAAUCUGAUAAGCGCGACAAGUACUUGAGCGGAUUCAGGUUUUGAAAAGAAAUUCUGUCCAAUUUUAUUUCCGUGUCAUCUUGCCACAAAAUAUUGAAUGUAUAUAGCACUUAUAAUAAAUAAUCGAUCUUAUACAAACACGA